UCUGGUUUUUAACUAUUGUAGGCGCUACAUAUGCCCCUACAGCCGUGGAAUGUCCAAAUCAUCCUCUCUUGAGAUACGGACAGACAACGAGUGAAGAUGAGAGGCUGUACAUCACCAAUAGACAGACCUUGACAGAAAUGUCGUUACAGAAGUUUCUCAACAGGGUGAAAAUACCAGGUUUGGACGUUAAACGGUUUACACUAUCAACAUCAAAACCUUUGAACUUGGCCAUUGCAAUAUCAGGUGGAGGGUAUAGAGCGUCGUUAACAGCGUUGGGGUUUUUGACAGCUUUGGAUGAUAGAUCCAGUAGGUCUAUGGAUGAAGGCCAUCUUGGUGGUCUUUUGCAAUCGGCCUCGUAUAUCAGUUCGAUAUCUGGCGGCACUUGGACUUUGAUGUCACUUUCACUCAGUGAUUUCAUACCUUUGGUGAGGUUGCGUAACGAAUGGGAUAUCAACGAACCGUUGCUAGAAGGGGUUCCUAGUUUGAAGAUGAUGGAUGUCAGUAGGAACGAGAUCCAAGUACUCCCACCAGAAAUUCGUGCUGUUGACGACUCUGAGUUUUAUGACAAAUUGAACAACAAUCGUAAUAAAAGAGACUUUGGUACCACUGGGGAUGAGUCUUUUGAUGAUUUUUACGCAUAUAUGGAGCUCUUGCCAGAUCUUGAUGAAAGUUCACACUUGGUGGAGAGAGAUGAACUGAAAAAGGAUGACACUGACUGGUUAGAAACGUUCAAGACAUUCUUUAGGGACAUGUUCAAGAAGAAAGAGGAUGCAAAAACCGUCCAGAAUCUCCUCCCUGACGUUGAAUUUGCACCUGUACUCUCCUUUAAAAGUAUGAAAAAGAUUCUUAACUUCUACAAGAACCUUCAUGUUGAAGUCCGAGCCAAAAAAGCCGCUGGAUUUCCAGUCUCCUUCACGGAUUACUGGGGGAGGGCAUUAUCAAGACGAGUGUUUCCAAAGAGUGCAAGAGCACCUAAUACAACUUUAUCUGGAGUUAUAGAUCUUCCGUCAUUCAAAAGGUAUCAACAACCGUAUCCAGUGAUUAUAUCAAACCUUCGUGAACCAGGGAUCGAAACAACUAGUGUGAAUUCAAGUAUCUUUGAGUUUACGCCAUAUGAAUUUGGUUCUUGGGAUUCUCAAAUGUUCGUGAAGAUGAAAUACUUAGGGUCAUCAAUGUACGAUGGACGGCCGCUUAUCCACAUCAAUAACCGUUCAGUUUGCUAUGUUGGAUUUGACAAUGCGGGGUUCAUUACAGGAACAUCUUCUUCAUUGUUCAACAACGUUUUGAUCUACAUCUGGAACCUCGCUGCUUCUUCAACAAGGGACAACUUUAGAGCAAUCAAAGCAGUUCUAAACACGUUCGGUUUAACUUCAACGCAGGACACUGUUGAUCCAAAAAAGCACCCAGAUUAUGCAUUGUACUCUCCUAACCCGUUUUUCAGGUAUGGCGAUGCUAAACUGUCACCAAUUUACAAUUCGAAGCACCUGUUCAUGGUUGAUGGAGGUGAGGAUGGCCAGAAUAUACCAUAUCAACCAUUUUUACAGCCUGAUCGUCAAGUUGAUGUGAUUCUCUCCGUGGAUUCAACCUCAGAUACGGAAGGAUGGCCGAAUGGAACUAUAGUUGAAAAUACAUAUUUGAGAUAUAACGAUUCAGGUCAUACUACAACAACAAUCACAGUAAAUGGGAUGAUUAAAAACAUCAAUUUGUUUCCUGAGAUUCCAACACCAAGUGAAUUCGUUGCCCAAGGUUUGAACAAAAGACCAGUGUUUUUCGGCUGCCACCUUGAGAAAUACAGACAGAGAUACGACUCACUACCAAAGUCAAGAUAUGUGAAUUCAUUCUUGCCUCCCAUUGUUGGACUUUUCUCUAACAGUGAGUACUCAUAUUCCUCAAAUACAUCAACUUUUCGAGUUUCUUAUGACGAUGCUGAAAUGAGCAAGAUGAUACAAAAUGCCUAUAAUAUUGCCACCUAUGCCAAUUCCACCAUCGAUAGAGAUUAUCCACGUUGUAUCGGUUGUAUCUUGAUAAAGAGAGAAUUCGACAGAAAGGAGAGAAGUCUAAGCUUGUUGAAUAACAUGACACUCCCAGAGUUUUGUUACAACUGUUACUCAAAGUAUUGCUACAAUUAACUUCAGAGAAAUAUAAAAUUAACAUCAUUAUUUGAAGGAUAGUGGAAUU